AUGUGCGACAACCCUGCUUCCUUCUUCCGCGAGAUUCAGCAUAAUUGGAGGAGGUACGGGAUCUCUCGGGUGCAAGUGUUGAAGAUUCUUUCCGCCGCCGAGGGCAUUCUUGAGGCAUGGCCAUCCAGUCGCACCAGCCCAUGGCUCAUAGUGCCAUGGAUCGAUAUUCUCGGUGUCGCCUCAAGUGAAUACGCACAUGAUUUUUUGCUCGACAGGUUAAGAACUUUGGAUGCAGCUGGGCAGGUUUCUGUGGAGUACAACACCUAUCUGCUCACGGCUGUCCUAUCAGAUGACCUUUUUGGGAUCGAUGGCAAAUUCUUCGAAAUAGUGAAUGAGGAAGAUUCGGCAUUGUUUCACAACCCCAAGUGUGAUUUGAAAGAGGUUGUGAUCGGGAGCUUGGAGAUGACCUUGGAGGUUUUGCGAACUCGAGAAAUCAACCCGAACCUCCGGACAUUCUCCUACAACGGCUAUACGAUAAACGGCGACACACCUGCAGCAUUCCACGUCAGUCCGACAGAGGCAGCCGCAAGACUGUUGCUAGCCGCCAAUGUAACACACUGUAUCCAAGGCCUCAUAGCCCCCGUGAUCAACAAGCUCUUGGAUCUGGGUGCCGAUUUGUCUAAGCGCACAAGGUUCACUAUCUGCCCUGUCUACCAACAUGAAAUGAAAGGGAUAUUUGAGUUCAGCUCUCAUGGAUGGUCGUCCAUUGCAUGUGCAGAGAUUGUCGACGCAAUCCAUGGUGGUGGGCUUUUCGUCGAGACCGACACUGCAACCCUGCUCGCACUCGCCCGCCGUAUGUUUUAUCAUCGAGAUGAUUUGUCCGACUCCGAAAAGGAUUAUGUCAGGAGGCUCCGGAAAACGAAGUUUCGGGUAACUCGCAUUAUCUAUAUUUCUCGGGAUUAUAACUGCUUCGACACCACCGACUCCACGUACACAGAUUCUCUGGCUCAUAGUCUCAAGCGCAUAGUUAUGAUUGAAGACGCGAAAUUCUAUCUUAUGGAAAUUGAUAAGCUGAUGGAAUCUAUGCAAAACAAUCUGGAACGUCGGAAGCGAAGGGAUUUGGUCAAAAAAUUUAUUGCUGAAGACAUUGCCUGGAGUUGGAGUGAUGAAAGGACUCGUCGACCACAAAAGUAUGUGGAUCGCCGGGAGCCACUUGAAGAUGUGUCCAGACAGUCAAAGACCUUGCACAAUCAACUGGAAUUUCUUGAAGAUGAUUCAUUUUCAGACGACGAUUCAAGCCUUUUCUGA